GGGCUAAACGCACGCGCUCUUAUGCUCCGUUUACGUUUACAUCUUAUUUUUAUUUAAAAUUUGUUUUUUUUUAUUAAAGUUAAUUUGUAUUCAAAUGCACUAUAAAAAUGGAUUAAUAACAAAUGAUCAACGAUAAAUCAUAAGUCGAGUUGCUUUAAUUCAACGAAGUGCGUUUAAUUAUACGUACUCAGGAAUAGUGUCAAGAACAAAAAAGAAAAAAAGAUGAGAGAACGUUUAGUUAAUUAUCGCUAAUCGUAUAAUAAUUUCAAAUAAUUGUCAUUAAAAAUUCAAAGUUAGAGAAAAUGAACUGUGCACGGACUGUAGCGUAGUUUUUGACUUGACAUUGCAUCGAUUUAACCUGCCCGUCGACAGUACGUGUCGUUCGCUCCGAUACAGCAAUGAACAUGCUGUCAAACGUAGUAAUGUUAUUAUUGGCGAUAGUGGCCUUCGUGAACGCAGAGAGCAUCUUAAUGACCGAGGUAUUCAUUAUUCCAAUCAAACCAGAGACUUUCGACUGGAACGAUGAUGCACGUUUCGAUCAAUUCUCGUAUCAACCCUCGUUAUUAAAUGCGCCUGAUCUUCCAUCAUGGAUUCACUAUACGUAUAGCAAAAGAGAUCAUCAUGGUUUUGUAUACGGUGUUGCUCCCAAGAAUCAAAAAUAUUUUCAGCUGGAGAUUGUAGGUCUGAACAAAUAUACCUACGAAACUAGAUACAAAGUUCUCGACAUGAACGUCCUCGAGAAAGAAAAUCUGACCAAGUACGAGGUUCAUUUAAAAAUCGAUAAUCUAAACGUGGAGGACAUGUUCAAUCGGAACAGAACUAACGAGCUUCUCGAUAUAUUUAGAAAGAGGUUAUGGAAAGAUGCAGUGAAUUUAUACGUGACUUUUUUAGCAUCUGCAGUCGAGCUUGGCGCUCGUUUGCCUCUGAAGCCAAGUGAAGGCGAAGGAGUUGUCAUAAGGCUGGGAAGCUCGACGCCGUUCUCCCAAGAGUUGAACGAGCUGCAGGAAGAGGUAAAACCUUUGUGGAAAUUGCGCUCCUGCCCUCGAGACUUCAAGCGCACCAGCGUCGAGAGGCUGUUCAGGGAGGCGAGGUUCGCGUUGGACUGGUGCUCGUUCAGAUUGGUCGAACAGGAGCAACAGAGUCUGCAGCAAGAAAGCGCGAGACGAGGGCCGAACAUUGGAUCGGAUGUAAAAGGAAUUUCCGAGCACACGGAGUGGCGAUGGGCCAGGUCGAGCAAAGCGAGCAUUCCCGCGAGAAGUUACCUCGAGGAAAUUGCCACCACGAUCUUUGUGUCCGUCGUUCUGUUUCUCGUGUUGGCCGCUUUGCUCAGCACGCUCUUGUGCCUGGAUCACGAGAAAAUAGAAAAGAGAGAAACUUCAACGAGAGAAGGAGUUAGCAAUAAUAUACAAAUGGUCCAAUAUGCUGCCGAAAGAGGUAUUUUAAAAUCGCUCUCCGCUCAACCUUCCAGUCCUAAUGAUUCUUUGCUACCAAGUCCCAGAAUUUCUAAUGAACGUUGCAAUCCAUAUAUUCGACCAAAUCCACCACCUUACACUGGACCAAGCAAUUUAGUCGGCAUUCGAGCAGAUUUCUGACUACACGAGGAGCCAGAAAAAACGUGGUUUUGCUGAAUUAGUAACGGUUUUUUAUCGUAACUACAAGGAAAAUCGCAAAAUCAUUAAAACUGGCUCCAUAUUAUCUGUUGCUUCGUAAUUCGAUAUCGUAAUAUCUACCAUAAAUUUUAUUUAAAGUUAAUAAAAAAAAAAUAUUUUACAUUGCAUCACGAUAUAGUAAAAA